AGCUCUACAGUUCCGUUAUUAAUGCAAAACAUCGGUAGCCACACGAGCUACCCGCCAGAUUUUCAUCCUAACUUCGGAGCUCACACUCCCUCGGUGUCUGUCUCGCGAGAGUUCAGUGAAUCCAAUACAGCUUAGAGAGAUGGCGUCGUCAUCGUCUUCGAUGCUGUCUCAACUCCUCCCUCCCGGUUCCUCCAGUUCUCGCCGUUUCACAUCCCCUUUCCUCGCCGAUUUCACUCCAUCCACCUCUACCUCCAUCUUAAUAUUCCCCAGUUCUAUCUUGCUUUCUCGUAGGCUUCGCUCUUCUACGUUUCGCAGCAGAAGAUCUUUGAAGAAACCGCUCUCCAUAUCGGCUUCGUCCGCCCUUCAAGCUCUCAUCUUCGACUGUGACGGCGUGAUCCUCGAGUCCGAGCAUUUGCAUAGACAAGCCUAUAACGAUGCUUUUGCUCAUUUCGAUGUUCGUUGUCCAUCUUCGUCUCCACAGCCUCUUUACUGGGACUCUGCAUUUUACGACGAACUCCAAAAUCGGAUUGGUGGGGGAAAACCUAAAAUGAGAUGGUAUUUUAAGGAGAAUGGAUGGCCAUCUUCAUCAAUCUCUGAAACCCCUCCGGAAGACGAUAAUGCCAGAGAGAAGCUAAUUGACACCUUUCAGGACUGGAAAACUGAAAGGUACAAGGAAAUAAUCAGAUCUGGAUCUGUAAAACCCAGACCCGGAGUCAUAAGACUGAUGGAUGAAGCCAAGGCUGCUGGAAUUAAACUAGCUGUUUGCUCUGCAGCAACCAAAGGUUCAGUUAUUCUCUGUCUUGAAAACCUUAUUGGAAUUGAGCGUUUUCAAGGUCUCGAUUGCUUUCUUGCAGGUGAUGACGUGAAGGAAAAGAAGCCUGAUCCAUCAAUUUAUUUAACAGCUUCUAAGAGGCUAGGUGUGUUAGGAAAAAAUUGUUUGGUGGUGGAGGAUAGCAUCAUUGGACUUCAGGCCGCAACAAGAGCAGGAAUGUCAUGUUUAAUAACUUACACAUCGUCCACAGCUAACCAGGAUUUCAAGGAUGCAAUUGCAAUUUAUCCUGAUUUAAGUAAUGUGAGGUUGAGCGACCUGGAGUUGUUGCUUGAAACUGUGGUUGCUGCUUAGUUAAUGUUCAAUUUAUUGCUUAGAUUUUAGCAAAUAUGAUUUGGGUAGUCUCUUUGAAACUGAAGGUAACAUGCCUUCCAAUUAUUAUUAUUAUUGUAACUUAUCGAGACCAGAUAAAUUGAAUGGUUUUGUGUUUCCAUCGA